AUGGCGAGUUAUAGUUUGUUCCCCUGCCUUGCUGUUUUGUUCUUUGUGAUGAGUGUUCUAGCUCCCUUUAAUGAUGGUCAGUUUGAUUAUAGUUACUAUGAGAGAGCAUGUCCGAGGUUGCAUAGGAUUGUUCGUUGGAAUGUUUGGGAAGCACUCCGUAGUGACUCCAAUAUAGCUGCAUCCCUUCUUCGUUUUCACUUUCACGAUUGUUUUAUUAAUGGUUGUGAUGGAUCCGUGCUGCUUGAUGACACAUACUAUUUCAAGGGUGAGAAGAACGCUGCACCAAACCGCAAUUCAGUUAGAGGAUAUGAGACGAUUGAUAUCAUAAAAGCACACAUUGAAAGAGCUUGCCCGUCAAUUGUAUCUUGUGUAGAUAUAUUAACUCUUGCAGCUAGAGAAGUGGUUGUCAUGGCAGGAGGACCAUUUUGGCCAGUUUUACUUGGUCAUCGAGGUGGACUAUCUGCUAGUGAGAAAGCAGCAAAUGAACAAUUGCCUUUGCCAUUUGAGCCUUUGGAUAAAAUCGUGGCCAAGUUUACUGAUAAAGGUCUUGAUUCUUCAAUGUUGUCGAAUUUACAAUGUACUUGUCCUGACACGGAUGAAUCCAACACCACACUUACUCCUCUAGACAUACAAUCUGUUACGAGAUUUGACAAUGCGUAUUACAGAAACCUUAUGAACAACUCAGGACUACUUGAAUCAGAUCAAGCUCUAAUGUCAAAUUCUCAGACAGCUUAUAUGGUCAAAUGUUACAGCUUGUACCCUCAUCUUUUCUACAAAGAUUUUGUUGCAUCGAUGGUAGAAUUAGGGAAUGUUGGGGUCCUCAUGGGACGAACUGGACAAAUUAGGGAAGUAUGUGGCUUUUUAAGUAAUAGAAUGUUUUUGUCAAGUAUGUUUUGUUUAAGUGUUAGACAAAGUUUAUCAACUGUGCUUGCUUCAGUAUGUAUGUUUUUACUAGUAAUAAUUUAA